AAAGGGAGGGAGAAGGAGAAAAAACUUGGAAAAAAUUAAUCCGAAUUAGGGUUUCUCACUAGGAUUUCGAUUCUUGAAUUUGCAGUAAUAUUCAUCCGUUUCGGUCUCUCCUUGUCAAAAUCGCCCGUGUUGGUACCUCCAAGCGAUCUCGCGUUCGAGAGAUUUUGCUCGUUGUUGAGCUUGAAUUGGGAAAGAUCGUUUUUUGUUGGGAUAAUAUUUUUAAUUUUGGAAUUAGGAAGAAUUGUAUGCGUGACGAUGUUAACGAAUUCAGCAUUGGAGAGUGUCUGAUCGCCUGAUAAUCGGCGAGCUGUUUCGAUGAUCUAAGGUGUUUUAGAAUUUGUAUGGAAACUCGUAGCCGGAAGCGGGCGGAGGCGAACUCUUCAGCGCCCUCUUCUUCAUCUGGUGUCACAACCCGCGCAGCCAAGCGAGUCCGUAUUCCCGUCUCUUCUACACCCGCAUCCAACACAGCCUCCAAUUUAGCCUCGAUCUCCACUCGUUCCCGCAUAGCUACUCGCUCUCAAGACUCAUUAGCAUCUUUCGCACCAAUGGACUCCACCAAUGAAUCUUCUGGUUCUGCGUCUCGCAGCCGUCGUUCUAAGAACCCUAGUCACGGGCCUGAUAAUUCUGAUAAGGGGAAGGAGAAAGAACAUGACCUUAGAGCUAGGGAUAGGGAAAGAGAAGCUGACAGAGGCAUCAGGUUGAAUAUUGAUUCAGGUGGCGGAGAUGAGGAUGACAACGACAGUGAGGGUGGGGCUGGUCUGUUGCACCCUACUUUUACUUCUGCCAGUAGUGCGCUUCAGGGUUUGCUUAGGAAAUUGGGCGCUGGAUUGGAUGAUCUCAUCCCCAGCUCAGCAAUGGGAUCAACCUCAUCAUCACAUCAAAGCAGUCGCCUAAAGAAGAUCUUGUCAGGGCUGAGAGCAGAUGGCGAGGAAGGAAAGCAAGUUGAGGCUUUGACACAACUCUGUGAUAUGCUUUCAAUUGGAACGGAGGAUUCGCUCAGCACCUUUUCUGUGGAUUCUUUUGUUCCUGUGCUGGUUGGGUUGCUUAAUCACGAGAGCAACCCAGAUAUCAUGCUACUAGCAGCCCGUGCAUUGACCCAUCUAGUGGAUGUUUUGCCAUCCUCAUGUGCUGCUGUUGUGCAUUAUGGUGCAGUUUCUUACUUUGUUGCUCGCCUUCUCACUAUCGAAUACAUGGAUUUGGCUGAACAGUCAUUACAAGCUCUAAAGAAGAUAUCUCAGGAACACCCCACUGCUUGCCUUAGGGCUGGUGCACUUAUGGCUGUACUUUCAUACCUUGACUUCUUUUCCACCGGAGUUCAGAGAGUAGCCCUGUUUACUGCUGCAAAUAUGUGUAAAAAACUCCCAUCAGAUGCAUCUGACUUUGUGAUGGAAGCUGUACCAUUGUUGACUAACCUCCUUCAAUAUCACGAUGCAAAGGUUCUAGAACAUGCUUGCAUCUGCCUGACUCGGAUUGCCGAGGCAUUUGCAACCUCUCCAGAUAAGUUGGAUGAGCUAUGUAAUCAUGGACUUGUUAGGGAAGCAGCAUCUUUGGUUUCCUCUAGCAGCUCUAGUUCUGGUCAGACUUCACUCAGCACCUCAACAUAUACUGGAUUGGUUCGUCUUCUCUCAACAUGUGCUAGUGGUUCUGUUAUAGGGACAAAAACUAUGCUGCACCUUGGUAUCAGUAGUAUUCUUAAAGAAAUUCUUUCAGGAUCUAGCCUUGUUAGUACACUAUCAGUAUCACCUGCUUUGAGUAGACCAGCUGACCAGGUUUUUGAGAUUGUUAACCUGGCUAAUGAGUUACUCCCACCAUUACCUCAUGGAACAAUAUCUCUUCCCGUCAGCAGUAAUCUUUUAAUUAAAGGCGCUUCAACAAAGAAGUUAUCUGCUGGUAGUUGUAGCAAGCAGGAGGAUGUAAAAGAUAGUGCGCUCGAGGUUUCACAAGAGAUAUCAACCCGUGAAAAAUUUCUAAACGAGCAACCCGAGCUUUUAUGUCAAUUUGGAAUAGAUCUUCUUCCAGUUUUAAUCCAGAUAUAUGGAUCCAGUGUGAAUGGCCCUGUACGCCACAAGUGUCUCUCUGUCAUUGGAAAACUCAUGUACUUCAGCACUGCUGACAUGAUCCAGUCCUUGAAUAGUGCCACUAACAUAUCUAGUUUUUUGGCUGGAGUUUUAGCCUGGAAAGAUCCUCAGGUACUGAUUCCUGCCCUUCAAAUUGCUGAAAUUUUAAUGGAAAAGGUCCCCGGUUUAUUUUCCAAGAUAUUUGUGAGAGAAGGAGUUAUUCAUGCUGUAAAUGCGCUUAUAAUGGACGAGGCUCGUGUUACACAUCCUUCACAACCACCAUCAUCUGAGAAGGACAAUGAUUGUAUAGCAGGAUCAUCACGUUCUAGGCGCUACCGACGCCGGGGUGGUAAUUUAAAUGUGGAUCUGUCCACUGAAGCAAAAAGUAGUGCUCCAAACUCUGUCUCAGCUCCUAAUUCAGUUGAAGUCCCUAAUGUCAAUUCCACUAUCCGCACAACAGUCAGUGGUUGCGCAAAACAUUUCAAAGAGAAAUACUUCCCUUCUGAUUCUGACUCGAGUGAAGCUGGUGUAACAGAUGAUCUUUUGCGCCUGAAAAAUCUUUGCAACAAGUUGAUUGCUAGUGUGGAGGGACAGAUGACUGAAACAAAAGGGAAAUCCAAAGCUUCUGCUCAUGGGCUUAGUGAUAUUUCUCUCUGUAAAGAAGAUAACCUUACCAGCCUUAUUGCUGAGAUGUUGGCAGAGCUGAGCAAAGGAGAUGGUGUUUCCACUUUUGAGUUUAUUGGUAGUGGUGUUGUGACUUCGUUGCUGAACUAUUUUACAUGUGGGUAUUUUUGCAAGGAAAGAAUUUCAAACGCUAAUCUUUCUAGGCUUCGACAACAAGCAAUCAGAAGGUACAGGUCUUUCAUUGAUGUUGCCCUACCUCCUGGUGUUGAAGGAAGUUCUGUUCCCAUGGUUAUUCUGGUUCAAAAGCUUCAAAAUGCUCUAUCUUCCUUGGAGCGCUUCCCUGUUGUCUUGAGCCAAACUUCUAAUAGAACAUUGAGCGGAAGUGCACGGCUAUCUUCUGGCAUUGGUGCUUUAGCUCAACCUUUCAAGUUGCGCCUCUGCAGGGCACAUGGUGAAAAAACUCUUCGUGAUUAUUCUUCAAAUAUUGUUUUAAUUGAUCCACUAGCAAGUUUAGCAGCUGUUGAAGACUUCCUUUGGCCUCGAAUCCAAAAAUUGGAGUCUGGUCAGAAGGCAUCUGCAUCAUCCGGAAAUUCAGAGGCAUGUUCCAUACCUGGAAGUGGCCUUUUAUCAUCAUCUUCUACCACUCCUGUUGCUCGACAUUCUACCAGAUCAAGGUCUGUUGCUAAUAUGAAUGAUGUCCUUAAAGAGUCGUCACCAGAAAAAAACACAAGUUCUUCAAAAGGAAAGGGCAAAGCUGUUCUUAAGUCAGCCCAAGAAGAGCCAAGAGGUCCACAAACAAGAAAUGCUGCUCGUAGACGGUCUUCACUGGAAAAGGACGCACAAGCCCAUCCUGCAACUGGGGAUUCCAAUUCUGAGGUUCUUAGGGAUGAUCGACUUCCUGUUUGCUUGCCAUAUAAGGUGCAUGAUGUUAAAUUGGGGGACUCUUCAGAGGAGAGUCCAGUUGUCCUCAAACCAAGUGAUAGCCAGGCAAAUGCUUCUGGUGGUUCUGGCAGCAAAGAUGGUUCCAUUCGGAGAUCUGAUUCUCUUGAGAUUAGGGGUGGGAGCUCUUAUAGCUCCAGAGGUGCAAUGUCAUUUGCUGCUGCAGCAAUGGCAGGCCUCGGGUCUAGUAGCGGUAGAGGUGUUGGAGGAAAGGAUAGUCAAGGACGCCCCUUAAUUACUUCCAAUGAUCCAGGAAAAUUAAUAUUUACUGCGAGUGGUAAACAACUAAAUCGGCACUUGACGAUCUACCAGGCAAUUCAACGUCAGCUUGUUCUGGAUGAGGAUGAUGAAGAAAGAUAUGGUGGCAAUGAUUUUAUAUCAAGUGACGGAAGCCGACUCUGGUCUGAUAUAUACACUAUCACUUACCAAAAGGCAGAUAGCCAAGCCGAGGGUGGUACUAGUGCCGGGGCUUCAACUUCGAGCAAGUCUAGAAAAGCCAGUUCAACAUCGGGUGAUGUUUCCUCUUUUCAAGUGUCAUUAUUAGAUAGUAUCUUGCAGGGAGAGCUACCCUGUGAUCUGGAAAAAAACAACCCUACAUAUAAUAUUUUAGCACUGCUACGUAUAGUUGAGAGUUUGAAUCAACUUGCACCACGGUUACGUGUUCAGUCAAUGAUUGAUGAUUUCUCUGAAGGAAAAAUUUCCAGUCUAGAUGAACUAGGUGCAAAUUUUGUCAGAAUUCCACUGGAGGAAUUUGUCAACAAUAAGCUCACUCCGAAGUUGGGUAGACAGAUUCAGGAUGCACUUGCACUAUGCAGUGGCUCUCUUCCAUCGUGGUGUUAUCAGUUGACCAAGUCUUGUCCUUUUCUGUUCCCCUUUGACAUAAGGCGCCAGUACUUCUAUUCAACUGCUUUUGGCUUGUCUCGAGCACUGUACCGGCUUCAGCAACAAGGUGCUGAUUGGUUGACGAAUGAAAGAGACACAAGGUUUGGAAGAUUACAGCGCCAGAAAGUCCGUGUGUCACGCAAUCGCAUACUGGAUUCUGCUGCAAAAGUAAUGGACAUGUACUCUAGCCAAAAAGCUGUUCUUGAAGUUGAAUAUUUUGGUGAAGUUGGUACUGGAUUGGGUCCUACUCUAGAGUUCUACACACUCUUGAGUCAUGAUUUACAGAAAGCUGGUUUAGGGAUGUGGAGGGCAAGUCUGUUGCCCCAUAUACAUGAAGAUGUAGAUGGAAGAAAUGAUGAUUCUUUAGUAGGUAGUGAACGGGAUCAAAUCAUAGCCCCUCUUGGGUUAUUCCCAUGCCCCUGGCCACCAAAUGCUGAGGCUUCUGAGGGCCAGCCAGUUUUCAAGGUAAUUGAAUAUUUCCGGCUUCUAGGUCGUGUGAUGGCUAAGGCUCUUCAGGAUGGACGGCUUUUAGACCUUCCAUUAUCAACUGCCUUCUAUAAGCUCGUGCUUGGACAAAAGCUUGAUCUGUAUGAUAUUUUUUCUUUUGAUGCCGAACUUGGAAAGACGUUGCAAGAGUUGCAAGCUCUUGUUUUACGGAAACAGCAUUUGGAAUCAAUGGGGCACAAUACCCAAGAUAAAAUUACUGAUUUAUACUUUCACGGGAGUUCAGUUGAAGAUCUUUGCUUAGAUUUUACAGUUCCAGGUUACCCCGAAUAUGUUCUGAAACCUGGGGGAGUGAAUGUUGAUCUUAGCAAUUUGGAAGAGUAUGUUUCUUUGGUUGUUGAUGCCACUAUAAAUACUGGAAUCAUGCGACAAAUUGAAGCAUUUAGAUCUGGUUUUAACCAGGUUUUUGACAUUUCAACCCUACAAAUUUUUUCCCCAACCGAGUUGGAUUACUUGCUUUGUGGCCGUAGAGAGCUGUGGGAGGCUGAAACUUUGGUGGAUCACAUCAAGUUUGAUCAUGGUUACAAUGCCAGAAGUCCUGCCAUCAUAAAUCUGUUGGAGAUCAUGGGAGACUUUACUCCUGAACAACAAAGGGCCUUUCUACAAUUUGUUACUGGCGCUCCUAGGCUCCCCCCUGGUGGUCUUGCAGUGCUGAAUCCUAAGUUAACAAUCGUUAGAAAGCAUUCGUCAUCUGGAAAUGCGACACUUGGUGGUAACGGGGCCUCUGAAUCUGCAGAUGACGACCUGCCUAGUGUCAUGACUUGUGCCAAUUACUUGAAACUACCUGCAUAUUCCACCAAGGAAAUCAUGUACAAGAAAUUGCUGUAUGCAAUCAAUGAAGGUCAAGGAUCGUUUGAUUUGUCAUAGGGGUUGGACAUGUGCACAAAUCUGGCCUGGGAUUUUUUUUAGACAACCGAGCCCUUGUGAAUCGCCUGCUCAAUAAAUUUUGGUGGACAGCAGAGAGGGAGUGAAAAUGCAAUGGUUGGAGGGCAGAAAAGUUGUUUGCGAGAGGGCUCUGUACAUACGUAGAAUCGUAUAAUAUAUAUAUUCUUUUAUAUUUUGAGAUCUUAGGAGUAUAAGUGUAUGAGGAUGUUAAUGUUGUUUUCUUUACAAAUUUGUUUUGUCAACUAAGAACCAAUAAGAGAGAAUGUGUUGUCUGUCUGCUGCAGUUGAAAUCAUAAAACGGAAUGUUUGCUGCAGUUUGAGAAUGUCUAUCAUUUGGAAUACCAAUGAAGAAGAAGUAACUUUACUGUACAAAAGGGGCAAUAGCAACUUACCCUUGCACUUUGCUUUAUGG